AUGGCUUCUCUUCUAAGGAAAUUGAGGCCUUCAGCGCCUCUUGUUCCUGUGGAAAUCGAAGAUAGCAUAAGCAGCUAUCUGUACUCCCUUGCAAUGGUGUACACUGGCCCUCCUCUCAGUUACUCCAUUCCUGAAGUUUCUGCUUUUGAAAUUGACCAAAUCCCAGUUGCAACUAUAGCUCCUUCUCAGUCUCAUGAUUUCUCUGUGCCAGUUAUCCAACCUCUUUCCAAAACUCAUCACAAAAAGAAUCACAAGGAUUCUGUUGUGUCUUCAAAUUUGGAUACUGGUGCACUUGGAUCAUCAAACACUGCUUUUGAUUUGCAUAAGAGUACAGGCACUUUGGAAGCACCUGGGGUUGUUGGUGAUGAUAGAGAUGGCAGAGGGUUUAACAGUAAUUCUGACACCACAGAAUCAGGUUCAAGUUCAAGUUCUCUUUCUGGUUCUUCAGAGAUUUGUUCUCUCAGUGAAAAUGAACAUAAGAGUGAAACUCCAAGCCCAAAACAUGUCAAGCAUCUUUCUGCUGUGACCUUUCUUGAUCCUGAGUCAAGUUACAUGGUAGAUACAGAUAAUAAGGAGUUUGGUGAUUCUCAAGUGGGAAGUGUCCCUGCGAAGCCACAAGCUGUGAGACCUGGGAAGAAAGGUUCUUGCUAUCGGUUCCUUAAAGGGAAUCGUCUCACUGAGAAGGAGGUUUGCAUUGUUUGUGGUGCAAAGUAUUGCCGCAGCUGUGUCAUAAGGGCAAUGGGGUCCAUGCCACAGGGAAGAAAAUGUGUUACUUGCAUUGGAUACAGAAUUGAUGAGAACAAGCGGUGGAAGCUUGGGAAAUGUUCUCGGAUGCUCAAGAAGUUGUUGUCUGAGUUCUUGGUGGCUCAAAUAAUGCAAGAUGAGAGGUCUUGUGAAGCAAAUCAAAUACCACCAGAGCUUGUUCAUGUGAACUUGGGACCUCUUAAUAGGAAACAGCUCAUGUUGCUCCUCAACUGUCCAAACCCACCAAAGCAACUACAAUCCGGAUCCAAUUGGUAUGAUCAAUCAUCUGGAUUUUGGGGAAAGGAAGGUCAACCUCCUUGUGAAAUCAUAACCCCCCAAUUGGAUGUUGGGGGUCGGUUGAAGGAAAAUGCAAGCAAUGGAAACACAAAAGUGACCAUAAAUGGUCGCGAUAUUACAAAGAAAGAGCUGUGGAUACUGAAGCUGGCAGGAGUGCCGUGUGUAGGAACUCUCAACUUGUGGGUGAAUGCUGAUGGGUCAUGCCAGGAGGAGGGACAGAAGAAUGACAGGGGGCGUAUAUGGGAUAAGAAUCGAGCAAAGUUGGCUUGUGCAAUUCUGUCUCUGCCAGUUCCUUCAAAGUCUCUGUCUCCUUCUGGGGAAGGCGAAAUAGCGAAUAAAGUUAAUGAAGACAACAUUCAACAUAAAACACUUCACAAAUUUCUACUUGUUGGUUCUGUCAAUUCUGGAGCAUGUACUAUAUUAAAAGUGGCCAAGCUUAUAUAUAAUGUUCCUUUCUCCGAAAAUGAGCUCCAAAAUAUCAAGUUGGUGAUCCAAAGCAAUCUUUUUACCUACCUUGGUAUCCUGCUGGAGGGGCGUGAAAAUUUCGAAGAAGAGAGUUUGCUGGAGAAUAGUAAAAGAUGGUCUGUUGAUGAAUCCACUUCAUCUGGGAAUACCAGUGAUAGUGUUGCUUCAACACUCUAUUCCAUUGGCCCACGACUGAGAAAUUUCUCAGAUUGGCUACUUAAAUACAUGAGGUCAGGUAACCUGGAUGCAAUAUUUCCAGCUGCUACACGUGAAUAUGGGCCACUUGUGGAGGAUUUGUGGAGGGAUGAGGCCAUUCAGGCCACAUACAACAGGAGAAAUGAACUCAAAUUGCUACCUAGAAGUGCAAACUACUUUCUAGACCGGGCUACCAAAAUUUCCAAGAUGGACUAUAAACCUUCUGAUAUGGACAUCUUGUAUGCUGAGGGGAUAUCAUUAUCCAACAGCCUCACUUCAAUGGAAUAUUCAUUUCCCAAGUCAAGGAGUGAGGAUUCUUUGUACCCUGAAUAUCAACAUGAAUCUUCUCUCAGAUACCAACUGAUCAGAGUACAUCCUAAAAGCCUUGGAGAAAACUGCAAGCGGUUGGAGAUGUUUGAAGACACCAAUGUUGUAUUGUUCUCUGUGGCCUUAACUGACUAUCAUGAGUACACUGUAGAAAGUACAGGAGUUGCUACCAACAAAAUGUUGGCAGCUAAGCAUCUCUUUGAAAACAUCAUUGCUCAUCCAUCCUUCAAAAACAAGAAAUUUCUUUUAAUACUGACCAAAUUUGAUCUACUUGAAGAAAAGAUUGAUCUGGCUCCUCUGAAACUAUGUGAAUGGUUUUGUGAUUUCAAUCCAGUUAUCAGCCACAAUCAUAACAGAGCUAGUAACCCUAACAAUAACAAUAACAAAAGCAAUAGCCCUCCAGUAGCUCAACAUGCUUUUCAAUAUAUUGCUGUGAAGUUUAAGAGAUUGUUCCAUUCUCUCACUGGCAGAAAGCUGUUUGUUUCAUUGGUUACUGGAUUGGAACCUGAUACUAUUGAUGAAGCUCUCAGAUAUGCUAGGGAGGUUAUGGUGUGGGAAGAAUGGGAUCCCUCUUUUGUAAAUGAGAAGUUCGAGACAACUUCAACUAGCAUUGAGGCAAGUUCCUCAUAAAGUUUCCUCCAAAAUAUUUGUACAAAGGCUGUUUCUGGAUAGACAUUGUUCUAUAAAGGGCUUAGAAGAGUUCAUGGAUUCUCAUAAGGGUUAUCUUUGGUUAUAUCUAAUGAUGGGUGAAAUGGAAUGUGAUAGAAUGGGAAAAAGAAAAAAAAAUACCAUACCAUACCAUUGUUUGGAUAUUUUAUAAUGCGAUGGAGGGAAGUUUCUAUUUUAUUAUUUGGGAAGUGAAUGAAGUAAUAAAGAGGCUAGUAAGUAAUUAGUUAAUUCUAUCUCAUACCCCACAAAUCCGAGAAAAAAGAAUGGAGUGAAAUAGAUUCUGUUAUGUUCCAUUUCAUUCCACACCAUCCAUUCAUUAGGUAUUUGGAUUAGAGCUUUUUAUUCUAUGUAUACAUGU